AUGCCUAAGAACAGCAAAGUGACACAGCGGGAACACAGUAAUGAGCCUGUCACAGAGUCAGUGGCUGAUCUGCUGGCCCACGAGGAGCCUGUGGACUACAGACACAGUGUCUUAAAUGUGGCUGCAGAGAACUGGAACAAACAGCAGGAUGGAGAGGGGGGUGGCGAGGACAGGCCAGCAUGGAAUAGCAAACUGCAGUACAUUCUGGCCCAGGUUGGCUACUCUGUAGGACUGGGGAACGUCUGGCGUUUUCCAUAUUUGUGUCAGAAAAAUGGUGGAGGUGCUUACCUUGUCCCAUAUCUGGUACUGCUUAUCAUCAUUGGACUCCCUCUCUUUUUCCUGGAAUUGGCUGUGGGACAGAGGAUCCGUAGGGGCAGUAUAGGAGUGUGGAAUUAUGUUUGCCCUCGACUGGGGGGCAUUGGAUUUGCCAGCUGCCUUGUCUGCUUGUUUGUUGGGCUCUAUUAUAAUGUGAUUAUAGGCUGGAGCAUCUUUUACUUCUUUAAAUCUUUCCAGCACCCUCUGCCAUGGAGUGAAUGCCCCAUCCUAAAAAAUGGUACAGUAGCUGUUGUCGAACCCGAAUGUGAAAAAAGUUCUGCCACUACUUACUUCUGGUACCGUGAAGCCCUGGAUAUUUCCAACAGCAUUUCAGAGAGUGGUGGGCUGAACUGGAGAAUGACCAUAUGCCUUCUAGCAGCUUGGAGCAUUGUGGGCUUGGCUAUGAUCAAAGGCAUCCAGUCCUCUGGGAAGGUGAUGUAUUUCAGCUCCCUCUUUCCUUACGUGGUACUGAUUUGCUUCCUGGUUCGGGGUUUGCUGUUGAGGGGGGCAGUAGAUGGAAUCCUGCAUAUGUUCACUCCCAAGCUUGAUAAGAUGCUGGAUCCUCUGGUCUGGCGAGAAGCUGCUACACAGGUCUUCUUUGCCCUUGGACUGGGCUUUGGUGGAGUUAUUGCUUUUUCCAGUUACAAUAAACAGGACAAUAAUUGUCACUUUGAUGCAGCCCUUGUCUCCUUUAUCAACUUCUUCACCUCAGUCUUGGCCACACUGGUAGUCUUUGCUGUGCUGGGCUUCAAAGCCAACGUCAUGAAUGAGAAGUGUGUGAUUGAAAAUGCUGAGAAGAUCCUGGGUUAUCUGAACCACAAAAUCCUGAGCCAUGAAAUUAUUCCACCUCAUGUGAACUUCUCCCAUCUCACGGCCAAGGACUACAGCGAGAUGUACCAUGUGAUCAUGACAGUAAAGGAGGAUCACUUCCAGGAGCUUGGCCUGGACCCCUGUCUUCUGGAAGAUGAGCUCAACAAGUCUGUUCAGGGAACUGGCCUUGCAUUCAUAGCUUUCACGGAAGCAAUGACCCACUUCCCAGCUUCUCCUUUCUGGUCAGUGAUGUUCUUCCUGAUGCUGAUAAACCUGGGCUUGGGGAGCAUGAUUGGGACCAUGGCUGGCAUCACCACACCCAUCAUCGACACUUUCAAAGUACGCAAGGAAGCAUUAACAGUUGGCUGUUGCAUCUUUGCUUUCUUUGUGGGGUUGAUCUUUGUGCAACGUUCAGGCAACUACUUUGUCACAAUGUUUGAUGAUUACUCUGCAACACUGCCGCUCACCGUUGUGGUUAUCCUGGAGAACAUUGCAGUGGCUUGGAUUUAUGGUACCAAGAAGUUCAUGCAAGAAUUAACAGAAAUGCUGGGUUUCCGACCUUACCGGUUUUAUUUCUACACAUGGAAGUACAUCUCUCCCCUCUGCAUGGCUGGCCUAAUGACAGCCAGCAUCAUUCAACUAGGACUCCAUCCACCAGGUUAUAGUGCCUGGAUCAGAGAAGAGGCUACUGAGAAGUUUCUCUUUUAUCCACCAUGGGCUAUGGGCAUCCUAAUCUCAUUGAUCAUCCUGGCCACCCUUCCUCUUCCUGUUGUCUUCAUCCUACGCCAAUUCCAUCUGGUAUCAGAUGGCUCCAAUGCUCUGUCCGUAACAUACAAGAAAGGUCGUAUGAUGAAGGAUAUCUCCAAUUUAGAAGACAAUGAUGAGACACGUUUCAUCUUGAGCAAAGGACCCAGUGAGACCCCUUCUCCAAUGCCUACGCAUCGUUCCUACUUGGGUCCAGGAAGUACAUCCCCUUUGGAGAUGAGCACUGUUGCCAAUGGACGUUAUAGUAGUGAUUACCUUAUGGCUACCACCCCUGAAUCUGAACUGUGA